AUGUCUUUAGAGGCGGACAGUAGAGACCUCACAUGUUCCGCCGCCUCUCCUCCCCCUUCCGCCGGCGCAAGCAGCCGUCCGCGACCGUGCGCAUGCAUUCUCUCGUCGCUGUCCGCGUACGGUACCACGGUCGUGGCUGGCACUCCAGAUGCAGCGCUCACGGGCUGCGACGAGGUGUCCGCCGCAGGGAGGAAAGCAGGUGCGGCGGAAGAAGUGGACGCGCGGGGAGGAGGGUUGUGUGCGCUGACCUCUGCCGCUUCGAGCGUCAAGUCUGUGUCGCAGGUAUUGCCUGGAUUGUUAUCGCCGGUGUCGCCAGGAAUGUUGGCGGAAGGAGGGGUAGCGGUUCUAGAGAGUGCUGAUCGGCUGACAGCAGUAGGCGGCAGGCAGCAGGCGGUAGCGCUGAUGCCCCAGCUGCAGGAGCAGGCGGACGAGGGAGGCGCGGAUGACGCAGAGAAAGAGCGCCAGGGCGCAGCGGAGCGGCAUGGGGAAGGGAAGGCGGAGGGGCAAGGCGAAGUGGACGGCGUGGGGGCGGCGGAGUGGGAGAGUGUGCCUGAAGGGAUCUUGGAGUCGGUGUUUGCUCGGCUGGCGUUUGAAGACCUGGCCGCCGUGCUGCUCACGUGCUCCGCGUGGCAGGCAGUGGCGCGCAGUGAUUGCCUUUGGAAGCAACUGUUUCUGCUGCGAUGGGGGCACUCUGCCACUCAAGCUAUUAUGCAGCAGCGGCGGCAGCAACAGCAAGAGCAACAGCUGGAGCAAGAGCAGGAGCAGCAGGAGCAGGAGCAGCAGAAACCGGAGCAGGAGCAGAAAGAGAGCAGGACGGUUACUAGCAGCAGAAGCGCAGUGGAGCAGCAGAGGACGGAUGAGCAAGUGCAUGAGGGAGCCGAUCUAGCACAGGGAGAUGACAGCAGCGGUGGAGAUACCUCAGCUCGUCCGUUGCAUCCAGACCAGCAGCAGUCGCCAUCAGUCACUGCGGCACCGUUGUCGUGGCAGGAGGCGUUUCGGCAGCGGCUGGAGAGUGAGAGGGCAGCGCAGUGCCCCCAGUGCCGCAGGUCGCGCUUUGUUCCCAUCGUGUACGGCUUCCCAUCAGCUCCGCUGGUGGCAGGCAUGCGCAUGGCACAGUGUGUGCUGGGAGGGGACCAUCUCACAGACUACCCAGGGUACAACCCCCUGUGGGUGUGUGUGGGGUGCACCACCCGGUGGAGGAAGUAUCCUUAUGCUCCUGACUGCGAAGGCCCCUACUUCCCGCCCUCGCUCUCCACCUCAUCUGCCUCGUCCACAGGCAAUGAGAUUGACGACUUUGAUUCCUCUCAGGACGCACCCGCGCCCACUUCUACCCCUCCAGACUCUGCGCCUGGUGCGCCGGCCGCCGCCGCGACUGCUCCGCCUGCCGCUCCAGGAGCGCUGCCCGUCGCACCCCCCGCGACAACUCCCCCGGCUGCGCAGACCACCGGGGCACCGAUCGCGCUGUCUGAUUUCGAUCAGGCGAAGCGCAAGGCGGAAGAGCUCGCGCAGAAGUUUCUUAACGCGGGAGGCGCGAAGCGGUCCAAGUUCGACGACGGGCCGCCCGCAGGCGUUGCCGCCGCCGUGGCUCCUCCCGGCGUGAGCGGCGCGAACGGCGGAGGCCCGCCGGGUGGUGUGGCGAGCUUCGCGCCCGGUCCUCCCGGAUCGCAAGGCUAUGGCGCUGGCGCGCAGCAGCAGAGCCAGCCGCCGCCGUACUACCAGCAGCCGCAGCCGGGGGGCGCCGCGCCUUACUACGAUCAACAGGGCGGCGCCGCUACGCAGUCAAAGAAGAUCGACGUGCCGAACACGCGGGUGGGGCUGAUCAUCGGCAAGGGCGGCGAGACGAUCAAGUACCUGCAGGCGCAGUCGGGCGCCAAGAUCCAGGUCACGCGCGACAUGGAGGCGGACCCGCGCGCGCCCACGCGCCCCGUGGAGCUCACGGGCACGGCGGAGCAAAUCGCGCAGGCGGAGCAACUCAUUAAGCAAGUGCUCGAAGAGGUCCGCGCCCUCAAUGCUCCCCCCUCUCGCUCCCCUUUUCGCGUCCGCCAAUUCUUUUUUUGUUUUUUCCCCCGUCCGUUCCCCUUCCGAUUCCCCCACUCCCAUCCUCCCUUUUCUCACUCUCCUCGCUUUUUUUAUUUCUUAACUCUGACUGACUCGUUCGACCGGCCCUUAUUCAUCGCAUUAACGUCAUGCUCGCCCCGUUUCUGCUCUGCGCAGUCAGCCGCGGCCAGAGCGGCAGGAGGUGGAGGUGGUGGAGGAGGCGGAGGAGGCGGAGGGGGAUCGUACCCUGGAGCACAGGGUGGAGGGGAGACGGUGACGAUUAAGAUCCCCAACAACAAGGUCGGCCUCAUGAUUGGUCGAGGUGGAGAGACGAUUAAGAGCCUUCAGGCGCGCUCCGGUGCAAGGAUUCAGGUGCAGAGCGAUCGCGAGGUGGAGCCGGGGUGCACGGAGCGCAACGUGAUGCUGAUGGGCAGCAAGGCGCAGACGGACAUGGCGCAGGACCUCAUCAAAGAGGUCCUCGACGACGUAAGUUGCCGCUCCCCCCCUUCCCCUCCCUCGCGCACCCUCUUUUCCCCCUCUUCUCCCGCCUUUCCUUCACACCCCCCACUCCACCUCCCCCUCCCUCCCCGCUCCUCUCCCCUCUUCCUCCCCUCGGCCCGUCGUUCUGGAGCACAUGGGGUGGUUCUUUGCGUGCGAGUCGUCUCACCCUGUGUGAUUCCACUCCACACGGCUGGCUGCGUGGGUGUCGCUAGUGUGCAGAGCACAGCAGCGCAGGGGACGCACUCAGCGCGCCACGCCACUCGCCCUCUCCGCGCGUCACUGCGUGCCGCGCGGCGCUGCUCCUUCAGUUGCCCUGCGCACCACAUCAAACCGCACCAGACCACACCAGCCCAGCCCUCUGCGGGCCUCGCACGCCUCGCCCCCCGCCUGCCUGCGCGCCUCUUUCCCUUUCAGAGCCUCUCCGCCUUUGCAUCUAUCGCGCUCUCUUGCUUGGACUUCGUGUGCCAUGCGAGCCUAUCAUUAUCGAUCAUGCCUUUCAUCCAAAUUUUCUGCCUUUCUGCGUCUCUUGUUUGCCUUGUGUGCUCCCCCGUUCCCCUCCCACCCUUCCCGGCUCUCCUGCAUUCUCUCGCUCCUUGCCUUGCCCUUGUCCCCCCCAUCUUGCUUGCUUGCAUGCCUGUGCUUGUGCUCGUCCUGCCCUCCCUCCUUUCGGUCUCUCCCUUCGCCCCGCUCCUCCUUCUCCUUCCUCCCCCACUCCCCUUGCUGUUGUAUGCUUCUUGUAUGCCGGCCCCUCCGCUCUUGCCUUCCUCUCUUGCCUCUUCUCUUGCUCGCUUGCCCUCGUGCCCUCGCCGCUCGUCCACCCUCUCUCCCCCCCGCGCGUCCUUGGCAAUGCAGCCUCGAAGGUCAGGUCCCGGUGGUGGCGGAGGGGGAGGCGGCGGAGGGUACGGGGGGCAGCAGGGGGGUUACCGCUCGGGCCCGGGCGGUUGGCAGGGCGGAGGGGGCGGCGGAGGAUACCAGCAGCCGCCCCCGGGGCAGCAGCCGCAGCAGGGCGGGGGAUACGGGGGAGGGUACAGCCAGGGGCAGUACGGGGGGCCGCCGCAGCAGUACGGGCAAGGGCAGGGCUACGGGGGGGGAUACGGGGCGCAGGCGGGAGGAGGCGGGGAGUACCAGCAGCAGGGGGGGUGGGGCGCGGGCGCACCACCAGGGGGGCAGCAGCCCCCGCCUGCCCCGCCAGCGCAGCAGCCGCCAGCCGCACAGCCACCCGCGCAGCCAGCAGGAGGCGCACCAGCAGGGGGAGGGUACGAUUACUAUGGGCAGGGCGCACAGGCGCCCCCCCCUGCUGGGGACGGGGGGUACGCGUAUGGCGCUCAGCAGGGCGGGCAGGCGGGGUACUAUGGGGGAUACCAGCAGGGGUACCCGCAGCAGCAGGGGCAGCAGGCGCCUCCUGCGGGGUAUGCAGCAGCACCGGGGGGGUAUCCUCAGCAGCAGGGGUAUGAUCAGCAGGGGUAUGGGCAGCAGGGGUAUGCCCAGCCAGGGUAUGGUGCGCAGCAGGGCGGGUAUGAUUACUACGGGCAGGGGCAGCAGGCGCAGGGAGGGCAGGAUGCGUAUGGGCAGCAGCAGCAGCAGCAGCCCCCGGCGGGGGGGCAGCAGGCGGCAGGGCAGGGGUAUGGUGGAGCGGAGGGUGGUGCGCAGGGAGGGUAUGAUUACAGUGCUGCUGCCCCGCCUGCUGCCGCUCCUCCUGGCGCCGCUUAG